AUGAAUAAAAUUUUCAAGAGCUACAAGACAAACAACCAUGGUGGCAAAGAAAUAGAGCUUGACUCUCAAGUAUUAUUGCAGCCUGCCAGUGGUGCACGGACUGCUAGUGCAACUGGUUUACCAACUGCAGUUGAAGUGAUGUCGAAGACAUCUGAAAAUGACUGGAGAACUGUCCAAGCUCUUGCACAAGAGCUUGAUGAAGAGCAUCAAUAUGAUGGAGUCCGUCUUUAUAUGAGCAACUGGGGUGAAAAAGCAGACCUCUCAGCUGAGCUUUACUCUGUGAUGCUGAGCUACUACUGGACAUGCUUCUCUGAGUACCGCUUUUGCUCAUGGAUUGCAUCAUUAACAAAUGAUCUCACGCACCUCGUGACUACUGAUGCCAUUUUCUUUGACCACAUUGUGAUCAACCAAAGUCACUACACCUUUGUACUUUGCUCCAAUGCCUCUGCUGAGGCUUUAAUUGUUGUAUGCACUAAUGAUGCAGGAGUGAGAUGGGUGGGCGAGCUGCUCGAGAUAUUUUCUAUCACCCAGGCACCAAUUGAGACGCAACAGUUUGAAUACAUGUGCUGGCUUGUGCCUUACAAUGGUGACAUUGCAGCAACUGCGUGGCAAGAAAGCUGCUAA